UGAGAAUUGGCAGGUAUGAGACCGUUGCGGCAGCAUUGGAGCAGCUGAGCCUGGGACACGCACAAGCAUACGAUAAAUAUGUCUCAAACCGGGAGAUGCCGAGGCCAGGCCAGGCACUGGGACUGGAUGAGUGAGAAGAGAUGUAAGUUACUAUUCCUGGUGGCCUCUCAUAGCAUCAAAGUUCAUCUUGCUUGGUCAAGCGCGAUAAGACGAAAAGAAGACAGAAGACAGGGACGUUACUCCGCAUGGCCGCCGCCACAGGCACUCGGCCAUGCUGUUGACGUCGUCCCGUCGGCUGUCGUGCCCAUGUCCAUUGAUACUGUGGUUUAUUCUCCAAACCAAGUUGUGGGCAAUGCUCCGAGACUGUGCCGUCAAGAAGGCGGCGUCUCCAGGGAUGUAGCUGGCAACUGUCAAUUGAGAGAUGACUUGACAGAGGAUGUUGAGGCGAUCACUGAGGUAUGUAGUUAGUUGUGGCCUGGGGUUAUGUGUUGAUAGAUGUUGCGCAUAAGGCGGCUACGUAGAGCUGUGCCCAGAUAAGGCGAAUUGGAUGAUGCUGGCUAGUAUGGUAUGGCAUGGUAUGUGCCUAGUGAUCCCGGAUCGAUCGCGUUACAUUGGCCGAUGCAUUGUUAGUCGAC